GGGGGUUGGAACUGGAUGAGCUUUAAGGGCCCUUCCAACACAAACCAUUCUAUGAUUCUAUGUGUGCCACUUUUACUAGGCUAGGCUCAUGCCUCUGGUGUGUCUGUGUGGGUGCGUUUACCUGCUUGAAGCCUCUGAGGAUUUCUCUGCUUGUCGAAAGAGGCAGGAGUCGCAGGAACAGGGUUUCUUUUCCAAACUUGUGUUGUUUUCUUUGCCUUUUUUUCAAGCGACGGUGUAACUGCAGACCAGCAGGCAGGCUUCCUUACCUGGAAAUAAAUCACUGUGGUGUGGUUACGGCGAGGAUUUAACAAAGCUCUCAUGGAUGGAAACAAACGAUUAGAUGAUUGGCUUUUUGUGGAUUGACGUUGUGUUGCCUAUCAUGGGCUUUUUUGCAGUUUUGGGGCACAUGUGAGGUUUUAUCCAGGGGCAUUAUUUGUCUAAUAAAUGGUCUUACAGAGAAGCAUUUCCCCUGAAUAGUGUGGGUUUAGGGUCUGUUUCCAGCCUUUGUUCUUGUAGGAGAGAUGGCAACUGUAAGAGGCUGUGUCAGGGAAAACAGGAGGAUGUCUGGCUCAACAUUGCUAUGGCAGGAAGACCGACAUUGCCGAUACCAUCGCCACAGCAGGAUGUCUGUCUCCACAUCAGUAUGGCAGGAAAACCGACACUACCCCCACAGCAGAUGUUUGUGAAGGAUAUCUGUCUCCACAUCGCUCACCAACUGACACCUUGGUGCAGGACGUUUGCCUUAUGGAACCACGGGGUGGGGAGGGAAGACGCCCUAGUGACAGUAUUGGGCAUGUGCACCACCACCGGGUGGAGGAUGUGGUUGCAACUAUAUAAAAGAACGGCACCAACCGGCAUAGAGAGGAAGAACAUCUCCCCCACCGGACUUGCGACUAAUCGGACUGUCGGGACACUACAGCUCCAGGGUGGUGUGGUUUUGCAGGAGAAACAGGACCAAGAUGCAUUAUUCCUAGUGAAAUAAAGAAACCUGAUGUCACAAAGGUAAGCUGUUUUACCUGAACUGUUUUACCUUUAUCACGUUUGGUAUGUUCCGGUACAGAAAGAAUUUGCAGGUAUGUUUUCUGUCCAUCAGAAGCUAUUUCUCAUUAUCUUAUAACUGCUGCUGUUCUAACUAGAUAACACCUAAGUGUGGUACCAAUGCCGAUGUUAAUUGGUACUCAUCACCCAUGCGUGUUUGGGGCAUUUAUUGACAAAUUUCUUGGCCUAGCUAUGUUUUGUUUGCCUUUUUUCAUUUCAGUAGAGGAUGGCAGCUUUUGGAAAACUAAUGUUGUGAUAAGCUGUUACCAGUACAAAAAAUUAGCGUGACUAAACUCUGGACUUGAGUAAUAGGCCUGUCAGAGUUGUUCGGUAUAAUAUUAACACAGAAGAGCUCUAUUCGUAUCUGAAGGAAUCUAUCCAUAUGCUGUAUUUCAGGUGUGGUUUUGCAGGAGAAACAGGACCAAGAUGCAUUAUUCCUAGUGAAAUAAAGAAACCUGAUGUCACAAAGCCUGUCAGAGUUGUUCAGUAUAAUAUUAACACAGAAGAGCUCUAUUCGUAUCUGAAGGAAUCUAUCCAUAUGCUGUAUUUCAGGUGUGGUUUUGCAGGAGAAACAGGACCAAGAUGCAUUAUUCCUAGUGAAAUAAAGAAACCUGAUGUCACAAAGCCUGUCAGAGUUGUUCAGUAUAAUAUUAACACAGAAGAGCUCUAUUCGUAUCUGAAGGAAUCUAUCCAUAUGCUGUAUUUCAGGUGUGGUUUUGCAGGAGAAACAGGACCAAGAUGCAUUAUUCCUAGUGAAAUAAAGAAACCUGAUGUCACAAAGCCUGUCAGAGUUGUUCAGUAUAAUAUUAACACAGAAGAGCUCUAUUCGUAUCUGAAGGAAUCUAUCCAUAUGCUGUAUUUCAGGUGUGGUUUUGCAGGAGAAACAGGACCAAGAUGCAUUAUUCCUAGUGAAAUAAAGAAACCUGAUGUCACAAAGCCUGUCAGAGUUGUUCAGUAUAAUAUUAACACAGAAGAGCUCUAUUCGUAUCUGAAGGAAUCUAUCCAUAUGCUGUAUUUCAGGUUCCUUUCCGAUGUCCUUAGCUGUGAACUCUGCAAACACGGCUCUGUGCGUGAAGACCACUUUCAGUGCCCCGAGAAGAAGAGCUGUGUUGUAAGCCGAUGUUGCAGCUCCUCGAAGUCCCGCAUUGCCUGCUCGUGGGCAGCCGGAUCCUGCACCAGAUGCUGGAAGAGGUUGAGUGGCUCCGCUCUUUGCAAGGCUGGGGGCACGACAAUCUCCUCAGGAAUCUUCUCAUUACCGAAGAAGAAGUGGUUGAGGCGUUUCUCCUCCAAGCAGCAGCGCAGGUACCGCAUGAUGUCAUCCAGCCGCAGUAGGAAAUGCCUCCUGCGCCAGCCUGACAGGGGUGUGGUGGUCAGGAGGUGCAUCACCACCGUCUUCAAGGUGUAGCUGGAAAAGCCUGUGCCUGCCACCAUGCGGGUGCAGAGUUGCAGGCAGCUGAGCAAGCUGUCAUCUGGGGUCUGAUCGAACAUCAGCCACAAGAACUUCGCCUCUGCCCAGGUGCAGCUCAGUGUCCACAUUGUGCUUGGGGUGAAGAUGUCCUCUGUAGGCUGGCUGCUCAUGAAGAUGUCUGAGUCGCCUAGCUGCAUGCCAAACAUCAUCUCAACAAGCAUGGUUCUCCCAAAGACAUCUCUAAUCUGCACUUUGCAAGAGCGGCUGGAGGGCAGCACGGUCAGAACGUAGUACCGUAAACGUAGGAGGCGCAUGCUUGCCGUGCUUUCGCUCACCAAAUCCUGCAACCAGCAAGCAGUUUUCUGCACAUCUAGAUAGGAGCCGGUGCAGAGGGUGUGUAGGAGGCUGGGCUUCUGCUUCUUCCUGAGCUCCUCCUCGGGGUCGUGGAGGAAGCACAGCAUGGGCCCCACCGUCUCCUGAGUAGUGCAUGUGCACUGCAGCUCGACACGGAUGCGGGACUCCUUUGCCACGAUGUGCGGCUCCAGGCAGAAGGCGUGCCCACGGGGGGGCUUCAGGCGCACGAGCUGGCAGUAGACAGGCUCAUCUUCCCGGGAACUCCAGUAAUCAAAGGCGCUGCCCACCCCGAUGGCUGGUCCCAGCUCCGGGAAGAAACCGUUUGAUACGGAAUUGGACCAUUGGCAAGCAAUGAGGAGGCUUUCCACCAGUGCGUGCACCAACUCACUCCGGUUCCACAGUUCAUCAGCUGACCACUUGUUGCGCAUUGCAAUGUAUGUGCCCAAAUCUGUCGCCUCAGCAGCAUCUUCUCCUUCACUGUCUUCCUCCUCUUCCCUGCUGCUGCCCGCCUCAUGGCUCCUUUUCCUGAAGCACCAGCAGAGCCCAACAAUCAGGAGGAUCAGGAUGCCAGCAAUCGCCCAGAAUUGCCAGUGCCGCAAGGCAGCAAAGAGCAGGGCUCUCCAGGUCGCACGUUUCUGCUUGUGGAUCAUCUGGUCCAGCUUCUGCAGCAGCCGAUCUGUGUCCUCAAUAAGCAUCUCCAAACGCUGGUGCAUGCACUCACGUGUGGGUUCAUCCAGCUCAUCACUGACAAUGAGCACGUUUGCGAAUACGCUUCGCAGAACCCAGACAAAGAGGUUUGUGAUAGCCAUGGCCUGCAGGAGAGAGAAGGAAUUCAGUGGGGCUUGGGAGGGAGGGAGAUGGUGGUGGGGGAGCGGGGACGGGAGCCGCAGGGAGCUGGGGACAGGCAGGAGAGGGGACGAGGCAGCUGGGAGGGAGAAAGGCCUGCGCCCAGGCCCGGUGGCAGCAGCAGCGUGCCCUGCCCAAGGCGCUCGCAGCCAGGGCCUCGAUGCAGGGUGAGCACCCACGCCCAGGGGCCCGCGUUUCUGCCCCGGCCCUUGUCCAGCCCAGCCUCCCCCCUGUGUGUGCACUCGCUGCUGGCCCAGGCCGUCCUGGGGCAGUGCUGCCUGCUGGCACCCUCAUAACCAUCCCCCAUUGUGACUCGUCCCCUGUGCUGUCACAGGCGCCGAGACGCAUCACAGGCCUGCCCGCCACCCAGCCCCAGCCUUCGCCCCCAGCCCAGUUCAGCGACUCACAGCUGCCCUGGUGCCCUGGUUACAGCUUGGCUCCAGCCAACUUUGUUCAGAGAAGCGUGCAUGGUGCUGUAUUUUGGAAUAAGUGUGUUCUGCCUGCCAAUGGAUAUCUCCUAAUCAUAGAAAAUCCCGAAUUGAAAGUUACCCACAAGGACCGUCAAGUCCAAGGCCUGACUGCACCCCAGGACACCUUGAAGUUAAAUUAUACAUCCAAGAGCAUUGUCCAGUUGCUUCUGGAAUACCAACACGCCUGGGGACGUCGCCGUUUCCUGGGGGGAGCUUGUUCCACUGCUUGACCAACCUUUCAGUGAAGAACAUUUUCCUGCUACCCAAUCUGAACGUCCCUUGACACACCUUAAAGCCAUUCCUUUGUGACCUAUCAGCAGACCCCAGAGCAAAGAGAUCAGUGCCUCCCUGAAGCUUCUGCAGGUCACAGAGUGUCUCCUUACAUUUUUCCAGCACACAGAUUCAAGGGGAUCCACUUAUCUGCUCUAGAAAAGGAGGAAGAGGAGGAAAGCCCACAGUUUUCCUGCUGCUUGGGGUUCUGUUAACAGCUGGACUUGGUUCCUGCUGUAGGAUUUCAGCUUAAUUGAUUUGAAUAUUUCCAACACAAAAAUAUAUAUUUCUCUGCUCAUAACCAUCCAGAAAGUGGUCUUUACUGCCCUAAAAAUCUCCCCAAUGGGGAACAGUGAAAACACUGGUGGCAUCUGGAUGGAGAGCAUUGCUGUCUCACUCCGACACACAGUCUGAGUCCCACGCAAGUGUCCUGAUCCUGCACGUUACCCAUGGCAAAGACCGCCCUCUUCCCUGUGGUGGAGGGAUUCAGCGUUUGUUUUAAUCUCAUGUUUUGAGAAGCAAAAGAAAGCUGAAGUUUGCAAAGUCCCUCUGGGUAUUAUCUGGGUAUUAUUAUUAAACUGUAUUUAAGAUGAUGAAGCAGCUGAGGGUUUAAUGUCAGAACAGUGCUUGGUAACAGUAAGCUUGCUUUGGGGUGGUGUGUCAAGUGCUUUUUUUUAUUGUCAGCCUGAUUUUGUAGUGGAGUAUGUAGGACAGGGGAAAAUAUAUCCAAGAGCUACAGGGCACUGACAGAUGGUUCACGUUUUAGCUGAGACUCCAAUAUGUAUGGGGAUGGCUUCCUCAGCACUUUAUUUCUGGGCAAAUUGUAAUAUGUGGUGUACUUCGAUAUUAACUUCAUAGAUUUUGUUAAAGAAUAUGAAGAAAAGCGAGGGCUGUAAUGUGAUUCAGUUCUGGAGCACUGGUCCUUCUGGGCUGUAUUCCCGGAGCAACUGCAACUGAUUCCUGUGACCUUGGACCAGUCAGCGAAAGCCUGGUUCUACUCUGAGAAGUGACUGUGUAAAAAUGGCGCUUUCCUACUCAGCAGAUCUGGCCACUGUGUGCUCUCCAAGUCACAUCUGCUGACUUGAGCGACAAAAAGAAGUUGUUAUAGCUUUCCUGCUUUGUGAGCACUGCAGAAUCACAAGACCCGGGGAAGGAGAAGCUGGAUCCUGCGCCUCCUUGUAGGACUAAUUACUAUAAAUCAGAGCCAGCAGUAGAGCUGCACUGGCAUCGCUUGGUCUCGCACAGCUUUUCUGUUAGUGCCGGCAGUGAGGAACCUGGGAGAAAGGAAUCCAAGUUGAUUCUCUUGGUUGAGUUUUAAUUGCAGAUGGCAUUUAUUGGGUUUACAGUUGGAGAAGAAAGAAAUGUUCAUCUGUGACAUGAUUACAUUUGAAAUAAUUCAUUGGCCGUAAACUUCCUGAUACCUUUUUCAAAAUGGAUUUGUUUUAAGCAUACUUCCCUCUUUGUGUCAGGGAAUGCUGUUCUCACUUUCCCUGAAUUAGACUCAUUGCUACUCUGUUCCAAUGGCUGCCGUUUAAUGGGAAGAGCAAUUCUCCUUAAAACAGAUGCCACCAGCUGAUGUAAAGGUGAAUCGUGUGCUGGAAAUGUGCACUGAUUUAUGUGCUGGAUGUCCCCAAUAUUCAAUUUGGGAAACUCAUUCAGCAGCGAAAUUAAUGGUAGCUAUUUUAAAAUUGCCUUUACCUUCUGUGGCAUGUCCUGACAUACUUAGGAUAGCUGAUACCAUCUCAUGACAGAUGCUCGGGGUGGCAUCUUAAGAUGCAGUAAUCUGAUGUCAAGACAAUGAUUUUUUUUUUAGUUAAUUUUAUAUGUCCAAAAUGUGUCUUCCUGUAAAUUAUUAAGUAACCCAGUUUCUUAAUUAGGACAUGUUAUUUGUACUUUUUGGUUUGUGCAAUAAGGCUGCAAAAGGAAUAUCAGCUUUUAAAGAAAUCCACUGUAUGAUAUUAUUAGUUUAUACAACAGUUUGCUGUUAUAGUAACCCGGAGAUCUUAUAAGGGACUUUUUCAACCAUUAGGUAUUGUUAUUUCCAUUUUACAGAAGGGGAAAUGAAGGCAGAGGCAGGUGAAGUUUGGUUCUGAAAGUCACUUAACAAGUCAGACCUGGGAACAGGACAUGAAUCUCAUGCUCUUUACCAGCUAUGCUACCAGCAUGGAAGAAUAAACCGGUUUACACCUGAAUUUAAUCUCUGAAUUUCACCUGAGGGGUAAGAAGUCUCUGAAGGAUGACACCACUUGAAGAUUGCACUGAAACAUUUUGAAACAGAGCAUUGGUAAAAAGGGAAAGGGAUGGACGUUUCUUAAUUUGCUGUGGAAGUGGGGCCGGUUUUGCUUGGUUAUGUAUGUGCUCUGGGGCAUACUGAACUGAGUUAAAAAAUAGUAUUUCCAAAUAAUAAACCAUAGAAAUGAAUAACAGAA